CGCUGCCACUACAACCGACUGCGCGCUGGCUCGGCUAGCAAGCGAGGAAGAUGCUAGACAGAAAUGGCGGUGACGGCAAGGCGAGCAGCAUGAAGUGCUGAUGCAUUACACGGACCGAAACUCGCGACUGCCAGGACAACGUUGGGAAAAUGACAAUGACGUCGAAGUAGGACACGUUUUGUAACUGUCACUACAAACCUACAACACCUUCCCGGGAGAGUUUUCAUCUUGUCAGCGGAGGAGAGAGAACCUCACCGGGAGCAUGGCUUCUCACUGCAACCAGUACAUCUUUGGGGAAUUCAGCCCUGAUGAGAUCAAUCAGUUUUUUGUGACUCCACGAUGUUAUGUCGAGCUUCCUCCGUUCAAUGACAAAGUCCCGUGCGUCAGUCAGUCUUCUGGAAGUUACUGCACUCCUGCUGUACCUUAUAUAAUGGAGUCUAUGGGACUGCAGGUUUGCGCAGAAGACUAUCAGCACAUUGAGUUUGGCGUUGACGAGGUGAUGGACUCCAAGCCUGUCGGGGUGAACGAUCCUUUAUACAAAGUGUCGAGCACCCUCAACCCCCAGGCUCCAGAGUUCAUCCUGGGAUGCCAGUCGUCCCAGAAGGCCCAACAGACGGCUCCUCCGGCAGCUGACGUCCCCGACGGAACCCACUUCAACUCGCUGGACGGCCCCGACUCUGAGGCCUCAGCCAUGGACAAUCACCAGGCCUGCCAGGACCUGGACGGCCUCCCCGGCAGCCUGGGACAGCGAGAGAGGAAGAAAAAGAAAAAGCGACCGCCGGGGUACUACAACUAUCUGGACCCGUCGGCCGGCGGCAGCAACAGCAGCGGUGCAGCGGACGGGACGCCCCUGACGGCACUGGUGAACGGACAUGCGCUUGGCGGGCCGCACCACAACACUGAGGACGUGGACGGUAAGGCGUUGUCAGGGGCUGAACUUUCCACCCCUGGGCCCGUCUCCACAGCAACAUCAACAGCUGCUGUGGCCGCGGCCAAGUUUGCCCCCUCUUCCACUGCCAAUCAGAGGACUUGUGAUAGCCCUGAUGACUCUUCUUUGGACUUAACAAGUGGAGCUGCCUCUUUAUCAGAUGGCAACAAUGCAACUUCCUCCUCUUCAUCCUCCUCUCAGAGCAGAGGGAUGACAGAGGGACCCAGGACUGCAGACCAGCAGCCAGAUCAUUUGGCUCCACAGAGCCCUGAACUCUCAGAUAGUCCACACAGCCCCCGCUCCAAAUCACCUCUUCCUCCUUCAGCUGCUGUGGCCCCCCCCUCUGUCGUCGCUUCCAUUACGACUACUGAACUGGAGGGACAGGAGGUAGCGGACAGUGGGGUGGCCAAUGGGCUCGCAGAACGUGAGCCUUCCAUCAGUCCAGAUGGACACAAAGAAGACUGUGAGAGUGGGGAGCAGGCUCAGCAGGUCUGCCCAGACUCUGCUGCCCAGCCAGCAGUAACAGAACAGGCCCAUUCGCCUGCAAUUCCAGCUGCACCUACUGCCAACCUCCCCAAGUCCUGGGCUAGCCUCUUCCACAACUCCAAGCCUCUGCCUGGGGGGCCUCAGGCCUUUGUGGAGGUAAAGAAUGUUGUGGAGGUUGUGUCUCCCUCCCCUGCUACACCAGAGCAGCCUGAGAAAGUGGUGGAGGUCAAAGAUGGCCCUGUCCACGUAUCAGAGGAUCCCAUGGCCCCUAAACUCGCAGAACUUAUUGAGAAUGUGAAGUUGAUACAUAAACCAGUGUCUUUGCAGCCGAGAGGACUGAUCAACAAGGGAAACUGGUGCUAUAUCAACGCUACCCUACAGGCCCUGAUUGCGUGCCCUCCCAUGUAUCACCUGAUGAAGUCCAUUCCUCUGCAUAAUGAAACGCAGAGACCAUGUACCUCCACACCCAUGAUAGACAACUUUGUAAGGCUGGUGAAUGAGUUCAACAACAUGCCUGUGCCAUCUAAAGCCAAACAGCAAGCUGUUGGCGAUAAAGUCAUGAAAGACAUUCGGCCUGGUGUUCCUUUUGAGCCGACGUACAUUUACAGACUCCUCACUCUCAUCAAGUCCAGUCUCUCUGAGAAGGGCCGACAAGAGGAUGCGGAGGAGUAUCUUGGCUUCACUCUCAAUGGACUGCACGAGGAGAUGCUAGCAUUGAAAAAACUAAUCUCGCCUCAGGAAGAGAAAGCCCCCACGCCCAACGGACCAGAGUCUCAGCCGGGUGUGGAGGAAGACGUUGCUGAUAAGGAGGAAGAAGGCAGCGAGGAUGAGUGGGAGCAAGUUGGCCCCCGAAACAAGACUUCCAUCACUCGUCAAGCUGACUUUGUCCGCACACCCAUCACUGAUAUCUUUGGUGGCCACAUCAGAUCGGUGGUGUAUCAGCAGAACUCUAAAGAGUCGGCCACUCUGCAGCCUUUCUUUACCCUGCAGCUGGACAUCCAGUCUGAGAAGAUCCGCACUGUCCAGGAGGCUCUGGAGACCUUGGUGGCACGGGAGUCGGUCCAGGGCUACACUUCUAAAACCAAGCAGGAGAUUGAGAUCAGUCGGAGGGUGACUCUGGAGGAGCUGCCCCCUGUCCUGGUGCUCCAUCUGAAGAGAUUUGUCUUUGAAAAGACCGGAGGCUGCCAGAAACUGACCAAGAACAUCGACUACCCUGUUGACCUGGAAAUCAGCAAAGAUCUCUUGUCCUCUGGAGUGCGGAGCAAAGUCGUGAAAGGCCAAAGAACUUACAGGCUCUUUGCAGUUGUGUAUCACCAUGGGAACAGCGCGACAGGCGGUCAUUACACCACGGAUGUCUUCCACAUCGGUCUUAACGGCUGGCUGCGCAUUGACGACCAGACGGUGAAGGUCAUCAACCAGUACCAGGUGGUGAAGCAGACUGCAGAGCGUACCGCCUACCUGCUGUACUACCGCCGCGUUGACCUGCUGUAGACACACACACAACACACCCCAGCACACACACAACAAUACCCCGAUAUAUUGACAAACGCACACAGACAUACACGCUCUACAUCUCCACACGACACAGACACACAAAACUAAUGAACAGGAACACUGCCCAACUUGUUCUCUUGCGAGAUUUUCCUCUUCCUCCCUCAUGUCCCCGCUUUCCUGAGAACCAGCUUUUCCAGCACCCUUCUCCUCGUCUCUUUUCUUUUCAGAAGAAGAGAAACAAGCUGCAUUCACAAAGAUUUCCCUGUGACUGCUCUCUCUUCUCUGUGCACCACUGCUGUGUUAUUUUUUUUUUUUUUCUUUUCCUUUUUUUGUUUUACUUUUAAAAAGCAGCAAGGAAGGACUGUUGAACAGACAGAGCUUGGGGUUCCAGGUGAGUCUCACCUGGCUGAGCACUCAGCUCGGCUUAGAUAACAGUGGACUCACUCACACGGGAAGAACUCUCUACCACAGGCUGCAGGUGGACUGCUGGGGUAAUUUCUCUUGUUUGAAUUACCUUUUUUAAGGAAAUGACCUAGAAGUAUCAGUGUUUGCCUUUUAGUAAAGGAGAACUGUCGGCCCACCAAGUCCGCCACAGUUUGAAAGCCUAUUUGAAUUUGCCCUUGUGCAUUGAAAAGGCCCAGCACCAGCAUUAUCAUGAGUCUCUCCUCCCAAGGCCAGAUUGUCUUCUUCGCUGCCACCAACACCAACAAGUCCUCCUCCACCAUUUCCUCACUUUUACGAUGCUUUUAAAUCUAGGUACUCGAGCCAUCCAAAACAGGAAGAAGAGCUGGUUCACUGAGGGGGAACUGAAAAGCUUCCUCGUCUGAGAGACCCUCGUUGUGGUAUCUGGGUUUAGAUUUAGAAAGACUAUCUAAAAAAAUAUUAAUGCGCUUUAGAAUUUAAUAACAAAUAUGCUUCUGUGCACAAAGUAUAAACUGAUUGAUGAUUACGAUAUGACAGGCAAAUGCAUAUUUUGCAAAUAUUUAGAUUAAAAUGUAAAAAAAAACAAAAAACAAAAAAAAACCUAAAAAUAUAAAAUCUAGCUGACGGAAAACUUGUUUGGGUCCUAAAAGACUGCGCUAGUUUUUAGACUCAGUUCUUGCACUGGAGAGAUGGCAACCAAUCAGAUUCCACUGCAAACCUGCCCUCGUUUACUUUGUACAUUUCCUCCUCGACCCAUUUUUCUUUUUUGUUUUUUCUCGUCUAAAGGUUCCACCUGUGUAAAGGUGGUUUAUCAGUGUAGUUCUGAGCCACACCACCCCUCUUACCCCCACCCCCCAACUCAGCAGAAAGCAGAGGGGAGGGGCUGGGGGCGGGGGGCUGCCUUAGGUUCAAUGUGUGAUGUUUUUCCACUCAGCGUACGAGUCUAACCCUGACAUCAGGCGGCAGCAGCAAGUCUACAGUCUGAAGAGUUAGGGGAACGUACCUGACACCUGUGUUUGACUCUUUAGUGGCUCAGUGUUUUUCUCUGAGUGUGGAGGGGAGGUGGGACGACACCUGCGCUCCGCUCUGCAGAAACACCCCCCGGACAUGCGCACAAAAGGAGAUAGUGUUUGCUUUUGUUGAAGAUAUUGAUUUUGGAUCAUUCAUUGAUUGUGAUGAUUUUUGUUUGAGUUACUAAAAGAUGUUAGUUAUUUUUUUCUUCUUUUCCUUUUUUGUCCUUGAUCAUUAUUGGAUGUCCCUCGCUCUGGCUCCCCUCAGAAAAAUCUGCUUGCAUUUGAAUUGGUGUUUGAAAAAGGAAAUUACACAGGCUAAAGCACAACAAUGAAUAAAAUCAAUCUAGUUCUUUGCUUGAUAUUUAUUUCCAUUUUUGUCGUUUUUCAUCUUCUUUUGUUUUUUUGAUUUUCUUUUUGUGUCAGACCCAUUUCAUUCCAACCACCAGUGUCACAGCCUCAGUAUUAACCCUCUACAAACUGUAAUCAGCUCCAGUAUUCCUCCACCGUUUAGUCCUGUGUUCUUCACAAACUCCUGUCUCAGACUUUUGUCUCACACACACCUGUCCAUGAAUAAAAACAAGGUACACAGGUGAGAAGGUGGUUGUCCCACGUCUUUGUUCAGCGUACAAACAUGUUGAUGUAUCAGAGCAGUUUAAAACGUCCUUCACCUGUUUGUUAAUUCACAGACCAAUUUUAGCUUCAGUCUUUUCAAGGUCAAAUUAAAUGACACGAGAUUUAAGUCAUUUUUAGCUUCUGUGUGAUAGAACAUCAUCCUGUGGUGCAUUUUGACUUUUCUUGUGGGUUUCAAAGUCCGAAACCUUUCCCAGAUAAACCAAAGGAAAACAUUCUAUCCAGGCCCUCCUGCCUUUCCUCCAGUCUCUCUUCACUUUUCUUUCUGCCUUCUCCAUCCGACGUCUUGUUGCCAUGUCUCGUCACACUCGUUCUCACACAGGAAACAGCAUGCCGUUUAGACAGAUACAUCUUACAACUUCUAAUGGUAGUUGAGUCGUGCCGCCGGCUUCGUAGUGAUUUCUGCACAAAUUGUGACAUUGUUGAUUUGCAUCUUUUCUUUCCCCUUUGAAAGAAUGUGUGGAAGUUGGGACUUUGAAAACAGACACCUUGAGCUUUCUGUUGUACAGUUUAUCUCAGUCUCUCACAGCUGGUCAGGAAAUGUGCUGGUGAAAAUGCUUCAACAAUGUCUCUCUUUUCAGUAUGUGCUCCUAACACUAUUGUCUGCUGGGAAUUGUUGGGAUAUUGACCUAAAAACAAAAAAAUGAUUCUGUCUUUUCAUUUUAAGCCUCCAGCAUUAUAUUUUGUUUAUUGUUCAAAUAAAGGAUUGUGCAAAAAGCAGUUUGCUGAUGAGAUGUAGUCUGAGGACUACGUGGCUUUCUUAUGAUACAGUAAAUAACAUGUGCAGUCUCUGACCGUGGACUGGCCUACAGAACAAUGUGCACAAUAAACCAAACCAACAAAACGA